UCCAUUUUCACCAAGGAGCACUGAAAAACCUUCAAGAUGAUGCAAAACCUGCAUUGCAGUUUAUUCUUCUUCCUUUCCUGCAUUCUUUUCUGUACUACUUUGGCUCUUCCAUGGAGCAAAAGUAGAGAGUUCAACGAAGCUAAAAAUUAUGAGGGCUCUUCUGAAUAUGUGGAUCUUCAGUACCACAUGGGUCCUGUCCUUUCUUCUUCUCCAAUCAACCUCUACAUUAUCUGGUAUGGAAAUUGGAACCCAACUCAUCAAUCCACCAUUAGAGAUUUCAUCUUCUCACUCUCUUCACCAGCCCCCUACCCAUCUGUUUCUGAUUGGUGGAAGACUGUGAGGCUCUACACUGAUCAGACUGGCUCAAACAUCACUGGGACCAUUGCUCUUUCUGGUGAGUUCUAUGACUCUAAGUACUCUCAUGGUGCUUCUCUUAGCAGAUUGUCAAUGCAGUCCAUCAUCAAGCAUGCUGUCACUUCAUCGUAUCCGAGAGCAUUACCUCUCAAUCCAAACAAUGGUCUCUACUUAGUUCUAUCGUCUCCUGAUGUUAGAGUUCAAGACUUCUGCAGAGCAGUGUGUGGUUUUCACUACUUCACAUUCCCAACCAUUGUUGGUGUCACUGUGCCUUAUGCUUGGAUUGGUAACAGUGGGAAACAAUGUCCUGGCAUCUGUGCAUACCCUUUUGCCUGGCCUAAGAACUCAGGCAGACCACCACCUAGCACAAAUGGAGGUAACAACAUAAUGAGAGCACCGAAUGGCGACCCCGGUGUUGAUGGGAUGAUCAGUGUGCUUGCUCAUGAGCUAGCAGAAGUGUCAAGCAAUCCACUUGUGAAUGCUUGGUAUGCAGGUGAUGAUCCAACUGCACCAACUGAAAUAGCAGAUUUGUGUAUGGGGGUUUAUGGGAGUGGUGGGGGCGGUGGCUAUGUCGGGGUUGUGUCUAAGGACAGAUGGGGAAAUGGGUAUAAUGUCAAUGGGGUGAGAGGAAGAAAGUUCAUGGUGCAGUGGGUAUGGAACCCUGUGAAAAGAAGAUGUUUUGGUCCCAAUGCAAUGGAUUAGGGUUGAACUGUGGGUUACAGCUUAGAGCUGGUUAUGCAUCAAUGUAAAUGAUCCUUCCAUGUCCCACAAAGAAUUGACAGAUGGGGUCAGACUGGAAGGAAAGGCAUGUGUUGAAGGGAUGGCCUGCUUGAUUUGCUUGGGGACAUCAU